AUGAAGACCUCAAUCUGCUGGACGUGCCGCCUGCGUCAUAAAAAAUGCGAUGAGACGCUGCCCAUUUGCGGCGCAUGCGCAGCUUUAGAGAUCGAUUGCCACUAUUCCCCCAGAAAGCCCCAAUGGUUGCAGACUGAGAAGCGACGCCUUGAAGCCCUGACACGGCUCAAGGCCCAAGUCAAGAGGAACGUGAAACGUCGGCGCGGAAUCACUCAAAUGAGGACCAUCGCCAAUGAGAUUGAUUCAAGCCCAGACCUUGGUACAUUUGAGCCAUGUCUCGGUACUUCGGAAGACCCUCUUACACAAGAGACGAUGGUUGAGCUGUCAUCCGAACCAGUUACUCCACCAACUAUAACGCCGACCGAGGAUCGGACAGCAUACAUUUCGGUGUAUAUGGACUACAUCUUCCCCAUUCUUUUCCCCUUUUAUCGACCAUACAUUACUCAAGGCGGGCGUCUCUGGUUACUAUCACUGGCGAUGAAUAAUGCCGGGUUCAUGAGCUCUAUCACCAGCAUCUCUUCGCUUGUCCUGUGGCUUGUUCCUGCUCAUGUUGGCCCGGGUCAGGCAUCUUGUGCCUCAAAGACAUUGGAAGAAUUCCAUGCUCAGGCCAGCGUCGCCCUUGGAAAUAUGCAGCACGAUUUACAGCAUCUCCACCAACGUGGUAUCGAAGACUGUCUUUCCGAUAGUGUGCACUUGCUGGCAAAUAUGAUGCAACAACUUAGCUUUGAACUUAUAAUUGCGCCAUCGGGAAACUGGCAGACGCAUUUAGAUGCGGCCACUAACCUGUUUGAGCAGAUCCUUGAGCAUCAUGGCAGGGAUGGCCCGACUCGGCAACUGUCCACUGUGAUUAGUAACCUGACUCGUCAUUCUUGGCCGGGUGCGGUUAAUGCUCUGAAUGCCGACCAGGGGACCUUCACUUUCUUCUCCAGUAUUUUACUGUUUGCCGAUAUAAUUUCCAGUACGGUGCUUGAUCAACCUGCAAAGCUACUUGAGUAUCAUUGCGAGCUCCGACAUUGCAACUCGCGGCAGAACUCUCAUAUAGCCCUUGAAGAGAUUACGGGGUGUCACACUUGGGUUCUAUUAGCAAUAAGCGACAUUUCAAAUCUCUCGAGGUGGAAAAAAGACCAGAUGACAAGUGGCAAGCUGUCAAACGACGAGCUCAUUUAUCGAGCGGCUUCACUUGAGACAAUUCUCAACAAUGGUCUUGGUACAUUAGAUCAACAUGGAAACACAGAGAACAACUCUCAACAUAUUCCACCAUUAGAGUUACUCCUGAAUCAAUCUGGAUCUCCGUUUAGUUAUUCUAAAGCUGCGCCAGACAACAGAUUGCCGCUGACACGGACUUGGAUUUACGCAGCUCGCACGUAUCUCCUUUCUGUCAAGGUAGAUAGCAUCACAGAAACCUCCGAGCUUGAGAUAAGCGUGAAACAGAUAAUCCGGUCCUUUGACGCCAUCACUUCGUCUUCGUGGAUACGGUGGCUUGCCUGGCCGCUUUGUGUAGCUGGAAUCUAUGCCAGUAAAGCGCAACGGUCGGCAAUUUGUGAAAUAAUGGACUUGGCAAGUGGUUUCAAUGUUUUUGGUACUAUGAAGGCAGCUGUCGACAUUAUAAAGAAGACAUGGCAGAAGCGGGAUGCACGCGAAUGUUGUCUCGAUUUGUCUACAUGCCUCAAUAGCUUAGGAUAUCCAGCCCUGCUAGUAUAG